AUGGGGCCAAGACCAGACCCUCCUGAUCCCGAUGUGCCAGUAGUGCUGUCCUGUGACUCUUUGACAGUGUGCAUCUGUGUUCUCUUUGCCAUUGUAGGUUUCCGUCUAAUCACGCAGCUGAAAGGCAUGAGUGUGUUUUUGGUGCUAUUUCCCACCCUGCUGCUGGUUAUGCUGACGGGGGCUCAGAGAGCUUGCCCGAAGAAUUGCAGAUGCGAUGGCAAGAUUGUGUACUGUGAGUCUCACGCCUUUGCAGACAUCCCUGAGAACAUUUCUGGAGGGUCACAAGGUUUAUCCUUAAGGUUCAACAGCAUUCAGAAACUCAAAUCCAAUCAGUUUGCCGGCCUUAACCAGCUUAUAUGGCUUUAUCUUGACCAUAAUUACAUUAGCUCAGUGGAUGAAGAUGCCUUUCAAGGGAUCCGCAGACUGAAAGAAUUAAUUCUAAGCUCCAACAAAAUUACCUAUCUGCACAAUAAAACAUUUCACCCAGUCCCCAAUCUCCGCAACCUGGAUCUCUCCUACAACAAACUUCAGACCUUGCAAUCUGAGCAGUUUAAAGGCCUCCGGAAACUCAUCAUUUUGCACUUGCGAUCUAAUUCCCUAAAGACCGUGCCCAUAAGGGUUUUUCAAGACUGCCGGAACCUUGACUUUCUGGAUUUGGGUUACAAUCGUCUCAGAAGCUUAUCCCGAAAUGCAUUUGCUGGUCUUCUAAAGUUGAAGGAGCUCCAUCUGGAGCACAAUCAGUUUUCAAAGAUCAACUUUGCGCAUUUUCCUCGCCUCUUCAACCUGCGAUCCAUUUACCUGCAGUGGAACCGGAUCCGCUCUGUGAGCCAAGGCCUAACAUGGACCUGGAGUUCCUUGCACACCUUGGAUCUAUCAGGGAAUGACAUCCAAGCGAUCGAGCCUGGCACAUUUAAAUGCCUCCCCAAUUUGCAAAAAUUGAAUUUGGAUUCCAACAAGCUCACCAACGUCUCCCAGGAGACCGUGAAUGCAUGGAUAUCCCUAAUAUCCAUCACCUUGUCUGGAAACAUGUGGGAAUGCAGUCGGAGCAUCUGUCCUCUGUUCUACUGGCUGAAGAAUUUCAAAGGGAAUAAAGAAAGUACCAUGAUAUGUGCAGGGCCUAAGCACAUACAGGGCGAGAAGGUUAGUGAUGCUGUGGAGACUUACAACAUCUGCUCCGAGGUCCAGGUGGUCAACACAGAAAGAUCACACCUGGCGCCUCAAACUCCCCAGAAGCCCCCGUUCAUCCCCAAACCUACCAUCUUCAAACCUGAUGCCAUCCCAGCCACCCUGGAGUCAGCGAGUCCAUCCCCGGGCUUUCAGAUUCCAGGGACGGAUCAUGAAUACGAGCACGUGUCAUUUCACAAAAUCAUCGCAGGGAGUGUGGCUCUGUUCCUCUCGGUAGCCAUGAUUCUCCUGGUGAUCUAUGUGUCUUGGAAAAGGUACCCAGCCAGUAUGAAACAACUCCAACAGCACUCGCUUAUGAAGAGGCGGCGGAAAAAGGCAAGGGAGUCAGAGAGACAAAUGAAUUCCCCUUUACAGGAAUACUACGUGGACUACAAGCCGACAAACUCUGAGACCAUGGAUAUAUCGGUUAAUGGAUCUGGUCCCUGCACAUAUACCAUCUCUGGCUCCAGGGAGUGUGAGAUACCCCACCAUGUGAAGCCCUUGCCAUAUUACAGCUACGACCAACCAGUGAUCGGGUACUGCCAGGCCCACCAGCCUCUCCACAUCAACAAGGCCUAUGAGGCUGUGUCCAUAGACCAGGAUGACAGCCCCAGCCUGGAGCUUGGGAGAGACCACAGCUUCAUCGCCACCAUAGCCAGGUCGGCUGCACCUGCCAUUUACCUGGAGAGAAUAACAAACUAA